AAUUAAAGAGGAAAGAGAAAGGAUGACUCGGAUCAGUUUGAUUGGUUGUUGUCACAUCCGAUAAUUUGGGAGCCUUCUCGCAAACAUGCCCUUAGAGAGGUUCAAUAACUCGCCGUAUCGGAUCUUCUCGGAGAAGAUCCGAUAUGGCCGCCUGCUUAAGCUUCACGGCGACCCGCGACCGCUGCAACCAUCUCUACUUCUCCGUCGCUGGCCUCCGCUCCAUCACCGUCAAUCUCUCCGGUGAUACCAUCGUCCGUUGCUGGGUUCCUAGCCGCCCGUCACCGGCCAAGCCCAAGCUCCUUUUAAUCCAUGGCUUCGGUGCCAACGCUACCUGGCAAUGGACUCCCCACAUCCGGCCCCUCCUCCGCGCCGGCUUCGACCUCUACGUCCCAGACCUGCUCUUCUUCGGCGGCUCGUUCACCUCCCUCCCCGCCCGUUCGGACUCCUUCCAGGCCGAGACUCUCAUGUCCUUCAUGGAAUCCAUUGGAGUGGAGCGCUUCGGCCUGGUGGGGGUCAGUUAUGGUGGCUUCGUUGGGUACUGGAUGGCAGCCAUGUACCCGGAGGCAGUUGAAAGAUUGGUGCUUUGCUGUGCCGGUGUGUGCCUUGAGGAGAGAGACCUGGAGGACGGGCUUUUUGUGGUAAGGGAUGUGAACGAGGCUGCCAGCAUCCUCCUCCCCCAGACACCUGAUCGUCUCCGGAGGCUUGUUAGUUUAUCCUUUGUUAAGCCUCCCCCGGCCAUUCCAUCCUUGUUCCUCGCUGAUUACAUUCAUGUGAUGUGCACUGAUUAUUUACAAGAGAAAACAGAACUGAUUCAUGAAUUAAUCAAGCACAGGAGACUUUCAGAUCUUCCUAAGAUUAACCAGCCUACCUUGAUAGUUUGGGGAGAACAAGAUCAGAUAUUUCCGCUAGAACUUGGGUACCGAUUAAAGAGGCACCUAGAUGAAAAUUCUCAGCUUGUGAUCAUCAAGGAGGCAGGGCAUGCUGUCAAUCUUGAGAAGGCUAGAGAGUUCUACAAGCAUAUUAUUGCAUUCAUGCUUGAUUCUUCUUCAAAAUCCAAAAGCAAGUCAAAGGCGACAAUGUGGCACCGCAUUUCAUCAAGCUUUCGCAGUCUUAGCAUGAAAAACUUUGCUCCUAAUUAUCCGUUGUUGUCCGGAGAGAAGACAACGAAGGAUGACUCUGUGAACCCAUUUUCAUCAUAGAUAACUUUACAUCGAAAUCUAUUCUUACAGAGAUUGUGAUUCUGAAAUUUGUUUUCUUGUACAGUGCUGUAAUAUUCAUACAAACUAUUGCAAUUAACACAAUAAAGCAAUCCUUGCUUUUAUUCUUCA